AUGCCUAUGAUCAAGGUCGACUCUCGAGAACGCAUUCCUACUGCACCACUCGAUCGGCUCUACCUGUGUCCACUAAACGUUGUUGGCAAUGCCCUUGAUGGUGUGGACUGGCCCAAGCAGACAGUUUAUAUCGAGCGAUCAGCUUGUAUGAGCAACGACGAUCUAUUAUCAUAUCAUCUUUGGAGUUCCCCUUCUGAGCAUCGCAAUAGACUCAUGUGUAUUCAGAAAACAACCGAAGUUGCAACGCGUGCAUUCGAGGCUGUGGGCGUUGACGCCUUCUUGCUAGCUGGCAGUUUGCUGGGCUGGCAGCGUCACGGUGGCGGGCAGAUCCCGUGGGACACCGAUGGUGACACGGGCAUUUCACAAUCACAGUGUGUCACCGUUAUGAAAAGAAGUGAUUCUAAUGCUACUAAUAUCGCCGGUCUGGUGAAGCCUCACGUCCCCGAAGGUUUCGAACUGAAGUACUUUGGUGAGAAGGGCACCACAGAUCAUCCCGAAAAUGAAUUCCCUGGAUGUGACUUCAAACAGUUGAGAAUUACGUCGGUCUACCAGAAGCAGGCAUGCUUUACUGACAUCUAUUUGGUGUUGGAUGAGGACGUCGGAGACUGCCAUUGCUCGACAGCUAAUGCUGACUCUUGCGUUCGCGCGUACCUGAAGUGUGUCCUACAGUCAGUCUCCUUCCAGUGGUGA